AUGAACAACAUUGAAGAAAGUGAAGAUUGCCUGACACUGAUUGUCUGGGCACCGGUAGUCGAUGGUGGCACCGGUAGUAGUAAUAGUACUAAUACUAAUAAUACUAAUAAUCAACUAAAACCGGUACUGUUUUACAUACACGGCGGUGCCCUUAGCCUUAGUUCCGCUUACGACCCGAUGGCUAACAUGUCGAUGUUGGCCACCUAUGGUUUGGUAGUCGUAUCCGUUAAUUAUCGUUUAGGACAGUUAGGUUUUCUGUAUGGCGGUUCAAAUUCAUCGGCACCGGGUAAUGUUGGUUUCUAUGAUCAAUUGCUAGCACUUCAUUGGGUUAGAGAUAAUAUACAUUUAUUUGGUGGCAAUAAAAAUAUGAUAACAUUAAUGGGUAUAAGUGCUGGCAGUUGGUCAGUAACGGCACAUAUAUUAUCGCCGCUAUCGUCCACCACCACCAGUAGUCGGGCUCUGUUUAGUCGGGCUAUCAUACAAAGUGGUGCCGAACUGUUCAAUAAAGACAGGCCAGUAGUCAACCGAGUCGAUGGUCUAGAAAAAGCCAGACAACUGGCCCGUAAAGUUGGCUGCAAUCCCGAUGCUAAUGACAAACAUUGGUUAGACUGUAUGCGUCGGAUCAAUGAUUUGGAU